AUGUAUCGGCAAUUCCUCGUACGACCAGAGGACCGAAAGUAUCAAAGGAUAUUGUGGCGCAGCGCGAGCGGAGAAACCGAGACAUAUCAACUUAACACGGUAACAUUCGGCUUAUCCGCAGCCCCGUAUCUAGCCAUUCGGUGCCUCAAGCAACUGGCAGAAGACGAGGGACAUCGAUUUCCGCGUGCAGCGCAGGUACUGCAGCGAGAUUUCUACGUCGACGAUGCUCUCACCGGAGCUGAAACUAAAAACGAAGCCCUCAUCCUUAGAACAGAACUCGCCGAGUUACUCCGACUAGCCGGUCUGAACAUACGAAAAUGGGCGUCGAAUGAUAACGAAUUGCUACACGGGUUUUCCGCAGAAGAGAUCAACCAUCAGCAAUUUUUGGGCGAUUCGCAAACCUUGAAGACGCUUGGUGUGUUUUGGAACUCAUCCGACGAUUCCAUUCUCUACUCGGUCGAAAUCAGAUCCAUCUCCUCUCAGGUCACGAAACGAAUCAUCAGCUCGGAGAUCGCCAAAAUCUACGAUCCGCUAGGUUUACUCGCGCCGGUAAUCGUUCGGGCCAAGAUGCUGCUUCAGCGAAUAUGGUCGUCGAAACUCGAUUGGGAUGAAUCGCUUCCGCUCGAUUUACAUACAGAAUGGACCAGGUACUACGCCCAAUUACCAUUAUUAAACAAUAUCAGGUUUCAACGUAAGGCAAUAAUUGAGUCCGCAACCGAAAUCGAAAUGCAUGGCUUCUGCGAUGCCAGUAAGAAGGCUUACGGAGCUUGUGUGUAUCUCCGAACCCUUAACUCUAACGGUCACACUUGGACACAACUCCUCGCCGCGAAAUCGAAAGUCUCAAAGGCCACACCAUUCCCCGGCUCGAACUAUGCGGAGCACUCCUUCUUACGUCCCUUAUGUCAAACAUACAGUAGGCCCUAUUGCAUAAAAUUACUCGAACUGUCUACUGGACCGACUCCACUAUUGUCCUCCACUGGAUCAAUACCCCACCUCACCUUCUCAAAACGUUCGUCGCCAACAGAAUCUCUGAAAUUCAAACGAAGACCCGUGUUCGCGAGUGGCGCCACGUUUCUACCAACGACAAUCCCGCGGAUCUGA